UUUCUGGUAAGUUCGAGCGUGGAAUGUAUCGAUCACAAAACAAAAUUUCUACCACUAGGGUUUUUUACGGCCGUCAUUUCUGAGUAAAAGCAAGCAAUCCAUCAAUUUGGACGUAACCACUCUCUGUCAGGUGUUUUUGCUAUUCUAUUCCACCAUUUUCUCAGCCGGCACAAUUUCAAGGUUCGAUUAUGUUUUUACCCUCAGUUUGGUAGCUGAGAAAAUGGUGGAAAAGAAAGCGACUUGCAAUCUGAAUAUCUGUUCAGUCAGCGUGUUUGCAUCUAAUUAGAAGUAUGUAAUAUCUCUCUCAUGUAGUUGUUUAUGUAUAUGUCACACGUUUUAUCCCCUUUUGCACAUGCAUUCGAGUUCUUUCAAGCCAUGCAUUAUUGUGUUCUCAUCACUUGAACUCGCGGGAGUUGCAUUUGGAGUGUUCGAUUGUGUUUUUACCCUCAGUUUGGCUGCUGAGAAAAUGGUGGAAUAGAAAAGCAAUUGCGAAUCUGAAUAUCUGUUCCACUGUUGCGGCUUCAGGAAAAAAAAAUUAUGAUCACCCAACUAGUCGAUUUGUUGUGAUCAGUGCAGGGUCUCUGUUUUUCCGGGUUUCCUUUUUGCAAAUUUGAUGGGAAGUUAUACAGAUCAUAGCUCAGGAGAGGACACUGAUAUAAGUGAAUCUGAAAUUGAGGAGUAUGAAAUUAAAUCUUAUGAAGAGCUGAAGAGUGGAAGCAACAAUGUUAAAACAUCAGACAAGACAUUCACUUGCCCUUAUUGUCCAAAAAAAGGAAAGCAAGAUUACCCAUACAAGGAACUCUUACAGCAUGCUAGUGGGGUUGGCGAGUCUAGUUCACAAAAGAGAAGUGCAAGAGAUAAAGCAAAUCAUUUAGCAUUGGCGAAAUACUUAGAGAAGGAUCUAGUGGUUGCUGCUGGUCCAUCAGAACCUGUGGCUGAGACUGAUCCCCUUGCAGAUUGUGACCUUGAUGAGAUGUUUGUGUGGCCAUGGACUGGAAUCGUUGUUAAUCUUCCAACAGAGUGUAAGGAUGGGCGCUCUGUUGGGGAAAGUGGCUCUAAGCUGAGGGACCAGUUGAUAAAGAGAGGCUUCAAUCCCAUAAGAGUCCAAUCUCUGUGGAAUUAUCGAGGCCACUCAGGAAGUGCCAUCGUGGAAUUUAAUAAGGACUGGUCUGGGUUCAGCAAUGCCAUGUCAUUUGAGAAGGCCUACGAAGCAGAUCAUCAUGGAAAAAAGGACUGGCAGGCUACCACUGACAAAGGAUCUGAUCUCUAUGGUUGGGUUGCUCGUGCUGAUGACUAUAAGUCUAACGGUAUUACUGGAGAACACCUUCGUAAGAUUGGAGACCUUAGAACCAUUUCUGAUAUCAUGACUGAAGAGGCUCGGAAGACAAGUAAACUAUUAUCUAACUUGACAAACAUAAUUGAGGUCAAGAGUAAACACUUAGAAGAAAUGAAGAGCAAAUUCACUGAGACUUCAAUCUCCCUUGGCAAAUUAAUCGAGGAGAAGGAUAGGCUUCAUCAAUCCCAUAAUGAAGAAAUCAGAAAAAUUCAGUUCAGUGCACGAGAACAUUACCAGAAGAUUUUUAAUGACCAUGAAAAAAUCAAGUUGCAAUUGGAAACCGAAAAGAGAGAGCUAGAGAUGCGGAGUAAAGAAUUGGAAGAGCGUGAGGCUCAAAAUGAGAAUGAAAGAAAAAAACUCUCUGAAGAUAUUGAAAAGAAUGCCAUGAAAAAUAGUUCGCUUCAGUUAGCAGCUAUAGAACAAAAGAAGGCAGAUGAAAAUGUACUGAAAUUGGCAGAAGAUCAGAAGAGGCAAAAGGAGGAUCUCCACAAGAGAAUUAUCCAACUGGAAAAACAACUGGAUGCAAAGCAAGCACUAGAGCUAGAAAUUGAGCGACUGAGAGGGACAUUAAAUGUUAUGCAGCACAUGGGAGAUGAUGGUGACCUAGAAGUUCUUAAAAAGGUUGAGGAAAUGCACGAAAACUUAAGAGAAAAGGAAGGAGAUCUCGAUGAUUUAGAAGCAUUGAACCAAACCCUUAUAGUGAAGGAGCGGAAGAGCAAUGAUGAACUUCAGGAAGCUCGGAAAGAAUUAAUCAAUGGCUUGAAAGAAGUACCAAAAAACGCUCAUAUUGGUGUUAAGAGGAUGGGAGAACUUGACAGCAAACCUUUUCAUGAAGCAAGCAAGAGGAAGUAUAACGAGGUAGAAGUAGAGGAGAGAGCUUCGGAACUAUGCUCAUUGUGGGAGGAGUACCUUCGAGAUCCUGAUUGGCACCCCUUUAAAGUCAUCAAGGUCAAUGGGAAACAUCAGGAAGUAGUAGAUGAUGAGGAUGAAAAAUUGAAGGGCCUGAAGAAUGAAUUCGGUGAUGAAGUGUACAAGGCUGUCAGAACAGCUUUGAUGGAGAUAAACGAAUACAACCCAAGUGGAAGGUAUAUAACCCCGGAGCUGUGGAACCAUUUGGAAGGAAGGAAAGCAACAUUGCGGGAAGGAGCUGCCUUCAUACUGAAGCAAUGGAAAGUAUAUAAGCGCAGGAGGGGGACGGCUUGAUGGUUGGAUUAAUGUUUGUCCUUGUGUAGUGGAUUUCUGUCCAUGCGUUUUCCACGUAGCUAGAUAGAAAUAGAAUGGUUGACAAGCCAAAUGCUCUUAUGCAUAGAACAACCACUGAAGGAUUUGGUUGAACUGAUAUUUAAGAUAAAACAGCUGAACUUUUUUGGCAUGGUUCCUUGAAUCCUUGUGUAGUCUCAUCUUCCAAAUCCAUUGUAAAUACAGUAUUUUGCAUGAUGGCUUAAUUUUUUUUGUUUCUUUUUGUAAGUAGUUUUUUUAUUUAUUCAUUCAUUUUUGCAUCUUCUUAA